AAGGAACAAUGACAGAAAUAACUGGUAAUUCCCAAAAUAAUCACCGUUAACACGCCUACAGUGUGCACAGUUUGCUCUGCUUGGCGGACACAGAGAAUAAUGGAUAAUCCAAGCUGUUAUAGAAGGAGGGUUAUUUAGAGUGUUGAUUUAUGAGCUAUUGUUAUCAAGAUGUUAUCUCAGAAUAACUAGUGUAUUGAAAUAGCUUAUCUUUGACCUAUUGUAGUCACAGUCCAACACGUCAUGAUUAGAAUAUUGCUGUUAGAACUCUCAUCUAUACACUUUAUUUCUACUAUAUUAUAAGAUGAGAUAAUAAAAGUUCAAGAUGGGAAGGACAAUCGAUACUGUAACAUUUGAUCCUUCAUACUACCCUGCUGCAGUAGUUAGCUGUAUGGUCUUUUUGUAUUUGUAUAAAUAUACUAGUCCUAAUUUAUCCUCCAAAUUUGCUCCUAAAUAUACAUCCUUAACAGAAGUGGAACAGAUUGAUUGGAAUACAAGAUUUAACUCCACAAUUCAUGCAACAUUUGUUAGUUGUAUGUGUGUUUACUCUUUAAUUUAUGAUGAAGAUAUCAGUAAGGAACCAAUAUGGGCAGAUUCUCCAAUGGUUCGUACUAGUUGUGCUAUCGUUGUUGGUUAUAUGACUUGUGAUAUUUUGAUAAUGACAAUACAUUAUAAAAAAAUUGGUGAAGCUUUUUAUUUUUUUCAUCAUGGGGCAUCAAUGUAUGCUUAUUUUUAUGUUAUGACCUAUGGUGUAUUACCAUAUUUUGCCAAUUUUCGUCUCAUGGCAGAAUUUUCAACACCCUUUGUUAAUCAAAGGUGGUUUUUAGAUAAACUGAAAUAUUCCAAAACCAGUAAAAUUUUCAUGUUAAAUGGUCUUGCAAUGACAAUUACAUUUUUCUUUGUACGCAUAGCUGUGAUGCCCACCUAUUGGAAACGUGUAUAUAGUGUGAUUGGUACAGAAUCAUUUAAAAGAUUAGGACACAUUUCACUUGUUUUAGUUAUAACUUGUUUUAUUUUAGAUAGUAUUAACUUAUUUUGGUUUUAUAAAAUGUGUCAAGGUGUGAAAAGAGUUCUUAAAAUUUAUGCAAAAAAGAACAUGGAAUUAAUGAAUAAUCAUGUAAGCAUAGAAAAAGAAGAGUAAUUUUUGUGUGCAGGUUUUAUGUUAUGUUGGUUUGUGUUUUUGUACUUUGAAUUGGAUAUUAAGUUAAUUUCAAUAUCAAACUAAUUAUGAAUGUCUGAGAUUAAUAUCACAUCCAAGAUGUUAUCUCGUGUGUUUAAAACUAGGUUGUUGUAUUUUAAAUUUCAGGCUAUUUUAGCUCUCAAAGUCUCAAAAACUAUUUCAUGCAUUUUCUUCAUGAAUUGUUAACAAUAUGUGAUUGUUUGUUGUAAAGUUACUUUAUCUGAAAUAAGAAUAGUAAACCUCUGUAUGUAAAUAGAUGUGACAUUGUUUAAGGUACCCUCACAAUAUAGCAAAAAUAAAGCUCAGUUGCUGAAGAGUUGCAUAUGAAACUUGCAACCAUACGCAACUGGUGACCUUUAUGGUGUGGGGCCACUUAACAGAAUUUUGAUCAAAUUUACAAAGGUUCUUGUUUUAAUUGCUUUCCAUAUAUCAUGUUUAUCUAGUCAGAGUAACUAAGUGGAAUAAUUAAAAAUUUUACCAAAAUAUGUGCUAUAAUAAUUUUUAUGUCAACUCAUACGUAUCUUUUCGACUCAUGAGGUUAUUAAGUGCAACAAUGGAUAUUAAGUAGUUCAGUAUUUAAAGAAAUGCAAUAAAAAACUGCAGUUAUAAACAGUCAUCAACGUUGUGUUGUUUAUUAUAAAAGAUAAAUUGUUUUUGACCACUACUAACUAAGAAUCAGGUAAAAUAAUGUGUAUUGCAAUGAAAUUAUAGAAUCUAGUCUUGGUUUUCAAUUGCAUUUAAAAUACUUAACUUCAUCAUUCUGUUUUUAAUGUAAAGGUUUU